AUGUACGAUGUCUUCCUUGCAACACCACUCCUUCCUUCGGGUGCUUUGUAUCGUGAGGUGAAGUUUUCUGGUAAUGAGCAACUCAACAAGGACAUGAUUGGCCAUGUGGUGGAUGCUUACUCGCACCAUGUUCUUGUUGACUCCACAUCUGAGAUUUUGAUAUCUGACAUUCAAGGCAUCAUAGCUCCAGACCAUAGUGUCAUAUUGUUCGAUCCUCAAGCUCAUAUGUACGUUCCUUUCACGGCCGCUACCAUCUUUAGCGUGUCCAUAUCUGACCACUACUACACUGAGAAUUGUCACAAACAUUGUCAUGACCCAAAAAUAGGAUUGUGA